AGGGCAGGGCCGCCCGGAAGUCCUGACCUGCAGGUGGCGCCGGCCGGAGGCUGGGGCGUUGCUGCCACCAGUGGGCGGGGCAGCGGGGCAGCGGGGCGGGGGCACCCUCACCUGUCCGUGUGUGGGGAUCAGCCUGGGCUCCGUGGCCUCCGCUUGCACCGGACGUGGACCCAGGCUACCGGUGGGCAAGAUAGAGGACUGAGCCCAGGCACGCACGGCUGGCCAGGUGGGAUCCCCACCCCCGCUCAGCCUUCUUUCUGCAUGGAUGCUGAAGGACCAGGCUCACUUGAAGUUCUGAGUUUGAGCAGUAAGGUGGAAACAAAGAAACCAAUGGAAACAAAGAAACAAGUCAUUGUGGCAAAGCUCCCCACCACAGAGAAGCUGCCCUGAGUGGAAGGGAGGGUGUGGGCAUGCCCAUUUGUUUCGUGUCUCCCAGUGCUCUUCGCUUUCUUAUUGCAGACCUGCAUGGUUACAACAAAAUGAUCUGCAAAACUGAAAAUAUUUACUCUCUGGCUUUUACAGAAAAGGCUGACCAGCCUCUGGUUCCCGUACCGGUCAACUGAUUGGAGUACCUUUCCAGUUUGGAAACAUCUGGGCAGGCCCAGCUGGUAAGUUUACUUUUCUACUUUGACCAAGCAAACUGAAGCCAACAGAAGAGAACUUUCACCAGCAACUCCCAGCACAUCCGCUCGCCUUCUGAUGUCUGUGACCUCACUCUCGCUGCCCCACCUCUUAUUACAGAUUGAACAGGAUCCAGGGGGAAGUACCAAGCCUGUCCCAUCGGCCAUCCUGUGUGUCAUGUCCUGUGACCCAGUGGAUGCUCAGCACCCUCCAGCUGAAGAAACAGAUUGCCUUAGGUACAUGAAAGGUGAGGACACCUACUAUCCCCAUGGAGCGCAGGUGGGGCUGGGAGUCUGCUGUUUGUACAGCCGGUGGGCUCGUGUUGCUUUGGGCAUCCCUGUGCCUGAAUUCCUGCAGUACACUCGGUGCCUGUUUCCUAAUCUGCAAAACUGGAAUGAUGUUAACCAUCCCGCAGUGCAUUCCAUGGUGCAUCCUCGCCUAGAAUUGAGUGGAAGCAAGUCCAUCUCAGAAGGGACAUACCUGAAGAGAAAUGGCUUUCCAGACUCUGAAGGGCAGAGAAAGCACCAGCCUGGGUUAGAGAAAGAGAACAGCAUCUCUGAGCCCGUCCUGGGUGACCUCACAGAGAUCACCCUAGUGGCCCAGGCUAGUGACCGGGAACAUGUACCUUCCUGCAGCCAACCCCAGACGUCCACUGAUGCAUCAUAUACUGGCAAAGAUCCUGGCCUGGGGGGGUGUUGGCCGCCGGAGAUUCGCCAGAUGUUGGACUCCAGCUUAACCACCGGAAGUGGGCAGGAUGUGCUGAGGGGGCGGAGGCAGCCGCCAAGGCAGCGACGGAGGGGGCUGUCCCUGGCCAGCCGGUCAAUUUGUUCCCAUCUCAACAUUUGCUGUCCCAGUUUCGCAGGACGCCCUUCUCCAGUUUAUCCUUCUCCUGGGAGGUGACAUUUUAGGUUAUUGGGUCCCAGAUUGCUGGCACACUCAUCCCUGUUCUCAAACAUCUUUUAAACUUGGGUGAAGUGAUAAGUUGGGGAAGAAGAUGAUUUACUGAAAGUCUCCCGAGAAGAGAUUCAGACUGAACAGCUUUGUGUCGGACUUUGGAAGACCGCUGGUGCCCAAGGGGUUCUCUGGCAGCACAAUGACGAAUCUAGGUCCCUCUUUCACUGCUACGUCAAUGAAGUGGACCGCAUGGACAAGGCCAAAGCUGGUAUCCCAACCAUAGCCCUUGACAGUGAUGUUCGGCUCCAGGAAGCCAUCAGAUGCAGCAGGUGGCCAGAGAAGGAGCCUAACGGGCUCAUGAAAUGUGACACCCCCAGCUUCAUCAACACGGACCAGAACUCUUCCUUUGGGGAAGAUGAUCUCCUGAUUUUGGAACCACCGAUUGUUCUAGAAAAUAAGCCAGUUGCCCAGACCUCACACAAAGACUUGAAUUGGAAAUGUGCUUUGUCAAGUGUUUCUCUGAAGAUGUGAAGUCUGUCUUUGUAUGGCAGGAAGUCCCCUUUCACAAAAUUGUAUGUGUUUGUGUCUGAGAGAGAGAAAUGGAGACAGACAGAAAGACGGAGACAGAAGAGAGCCCCUCAGAAGAGAGCUAGUUAAGCACCCCAGACUGACGAAGACAGUGGAGAAUGCCUCUGAGUUUGGCACUGAUUGCCUGGAGAAUGCUGAAACCCAGGGAAGUGGGCAGCACAGACGUUUACUCAUUUAAUCCUGCCAACACAGUAGGAGAUAGAGUCUACAUAUUCCUCGCUACUUAAAAGAUCCCUGCCUUCUCUCUGCUCCUCCUGUCCAUGUCUCUCCCUCCACUUUUCCCCUUCUCCCCUCCUCCUCCCAUCUUCUCCGUCCCUCCCUUCCCCAACUUCUCUUGCAGAACACAGAGAGGAUAGCUGGCCCUCCUGCGCAUGCGCAGUCUGUGCCAGCUGGACCGAGGGUUGGAAGCUGCAACUCCGAGCCGGGGAUCGGCCCCAAAGGCUUCUCAGCUCUUUCGCCCGCUCAGUGGUGUGGGCGCUGCUCCCCGGGCUGAGAGCCUCCGGCUGUGAACCCCAGCUUCUCCUGUUGGAGUCGGGAAAAGGGAGCGUCAGUGCUGAGCGAGCUUCCGUCUCCUCCCUCAGUGUUUCUGCCCCAGUGAGAGGGCUCAGUAGUGCUCUGCCAGCAUGAUUUUGGGGCAAUUUGGGGGCAGAUAUCGUGCACAAGCAGUGAGAUAUUUCCAUGCAUUUUACUUUCCGGACAUCACCAUGGAACAUGUGGGGGUUUGUGCCUGCAGGCCGGGAUGCUGCAGGACUCCCUGGUCCAUCACCGUUAUGUCUUGGAGCUGCUCCAGUCAGUGAAUGACUUUCUGUGGCUUGGAGUACGUUUUGGUUACUGAGACCCUCGAAUUCCCAUAUGAAUUGUAGCAGCAGCUAGUCAGUUUCUGCAGAGGAGACCGCAGGGAUUGUGAUCGAGACCACGUUGAAUAUACGGAUCGUUCUGGGGAGCACUGCCAUUCCAAAAGCGCUGUCUUCUGAUCCAGCAAUGUGUGUGGUUUGUCCAGGUGAUAAUGCUCUGGCUGCUGAAUGUGCCCUUUCCCCAGACUUGGUUUUGGAGUUAAGUCACCAUCAGUGGAGCCCUCUCUUUAAAAGAUGAAGAAAACAUUUGCUCCUUCUCCCUGGUUGGGGACUUGGAUGAGAUGAGGUAACAGAUAAAGAAUGGAGCCCCACCUCAUUCUAACACCCGCUCGUUCCGUUCCUUUCUCCACGGAAAAAGAGUACAAUUCAACACUAUAAAGAUUGAUUGUGAGCAAAUGAGAUAGACAGGACAACCGAUCAUUUAUUAAAUAUACUUUCAUGCCAGAAACAAAUGUAUUAUUCACACAAAAAGCACACAAAGCACGGUAGUACCGUGAUUACCAACGUGGGUCCGAGUUCGAGUCCUGCUCUGGAGUGACCAGUCCUGUGAGAUGGAGAACUGGUAGGUCGGCUUAGCCUCUCCCGGGCUUGUUUUCUGUCCUGCAGAGAUGGGGCUCGCUAGGCGUCCCUCCCCCAUAGAGAUGCUGUAGGGUGCAAAUGAUGCGCAUGGGCAGCCCGAGCAUAGCUGCUCAUUCCUCGUAAGUGAAGGAGAGCAUAGCUUUUGUGGUGAAGGCUUUAUAACAGCCCCGUGUGGACUUUCAGUGCUCCGAAGGAAUGCCUUGUGAUUUGGAGAUGGGAUUCUCAUUUCUGUAAAUACCCAAGGAUUGUGUAAUUGGGCCCUGCUGAUUUGAAUCUAUUCUUUAGAAAGUACAUAUUGUGGAUAUAUUUUUCAAGCAUGCAUGCUUUUUUCUUUUAUCAUUUAUUGUUCUACCCUCUCUCUUGGUGGGACUUUUCAUGGAAUCCAGGAAACAGCCCUAAGCCACCUGCCUCUUCACACGUCUCCGUGGCGGUUUUCUUCCCUGACUAGAAGAGGGUUCUGCAUAGGGAAUUUUCUUUGUUCCCCUUUUCUUGGAGUCUCUCUGUCUGUCUGCCCACCUCUCACCUGUCCAACUGUCCAUUUCUCUACCCACUCAUUCUUCUGACUUGUUCCAAAUAGCAUUUCAGGCAGCUUACAGAAGAACAGAUACCAAAUAAACAGGUGAGAUAAUGGGACCAAGUUCAGACAGUGAGGCUAGGAGGCGAGCCUGUGUGAGGGUGGCAGGCAUGAGAGACACGCGUCUGCCCUGUGACUUAUAAGAUCGACAGCAAGAGUGUGCCUGAGGCUCCCAGCAGACACAGGUUAACAGGGUUUGUGGGAGAUGCUCACUGGCUGUGAAAUAAAUAAGUGGCUGAGGAGAAGCCCAGCCUUUCCAGCUACUAAGGCUUAGGAGAAUAUUUUGAGUGUCUUCAACAUCAGAGUAUUUCAUCUUUUCUUUUGUCAGAGUUCUACAUAUAGAUGGUUACAUUCUGUACCUGGAAAUUUCUACAAAAUUUCUUCCCACUUGAGUCCCAUGACUCGGGAAUGGGGUGGUUCUGCUCAUUGACUGGGGUUGGCCAGAAACCAAAAAUGACAGCUUCAAAGGAGCCUGGGAUUUGUCAGUUAUGUUUUGUCAGUACUGUAGAGUUCAAAAAAUGCUUUCACAGUAUCUCUCCAUCUGAGGCGGCAGCGUGCUCUCUUACCAGCAUCAGGAGCUCAGGGCCAUGGGAUGGUGGGGGCUGACUGCUUUGCCGUCAAGACAGCUGAGCUAGUCACUGCAGGUUUGAUUCUUUUACGUGCCCUCACCUCCAGUAGCAUCCAUCCAGACACCGGAACUGACACUGGCCGUGCUCCGAACUGCCUCAGCCCUGAAGACACAACUGACAAAUAGAAGGGGACCACGCCCUGUUACAGCAGGUGCUCUCACUUUGUGGAUCCUUAUGUAACUGAGCGGUGUUAAUCAGGAUUGCCCGUUCUACAUUGUGUGGCGCUGCUGCGGUGUCUCCUAGUUACUUGUUUCUUGUAAGAAUUCCGGUGACUGAGUUAGAAGCAUGCUUCCAAGCUGUCCGUGUCCUCGGCAUCCAGAAGCGGAGCCUGGAAGCUUCCGAAUUUCUCCAGAAUGCAGUCUACAUUCACCUUCGGCAGUUGGCCCGCCAUAUCUGCAGUUUCCACUUCAUGGAUCCAGAUGGCUGAUUGUAAAGGGACUCGAACAUCCUUGGAUAAUGGAAUCCAGGAUGGGGGGUUCCUGAAACCAACCCCUCGAGGAUACUAAGGGAUGACUCUACAUGUAGGAGUGAAAUUGCUGAGCCAUAUAACUCUAACCUUUUGAGGAAACAACAGACUCCUCCAAAGAAGCUGCACCAUUGUCCCUUUCCACUGGCCGCAUAUGAGAUACCCAGCUUUCCCUGCACCAUUUGUUGAAUAGACAAUUCUUUCCAUGGAGUGUUGUUGGCACCCUUGUGGAAAACUGACUGUAAAUAUAAGGAGACUGAGAAUUAAGUCUUCUCUCUUUGGGUGGAGCUCAUUAUCAAUGACGGGAAGUUGUAAGGAAAAAGAUAUUGAUUCAUCCUGAGAAAACAUUUUUCUGAGAGUCAGCAGUGAAGAAGGUGGACACUGAAGAAGAACCCAGAGUGGAUCGCUGGCCCUCCUGCGCAUGGGCAGUCGGUGCCAGCUGGACCGCGGGUUGGAAGCUCCAGCACCGAGCCGGGGAUCGGCCCCAAAGUCUUCUUAGCUCUGUCGACCGGUAGGCCUUUAACUCCUGCCCGGGGCCGGGGCCUCUGGCUGUGGAAGUGCAAGGAGGGGGGCUUCCGGGAAAGGGGUCAGGCGGCUGCGGGAGGGCGGUCGGCAUGUCACAGCCCCCCAGGGCGCCAGUCAGCCUGUGUUCAGCUGAAUUGCUCUGGCCAGACCCCUCUGCCCGCGCCACCUACCCCGGCGCCCCGGCCACACCUGUCCAUGGCCAGGUGUGCACCUGCAGCCUCUCACCCAGCCGGGCCCGCCUCAGUCCGUUGCUGGCGUCCCCUUCCCCUCUCCCGCCCGCGAGUCCUCUCCCGCCCGAGAGUCCUCUCCUCCCGGGCUGCCUCUCCUCGGCCGCCGGCCCAUCCCCGCCCCUGGGCGGGCUGUGUCCCGGGCGGGCGGGGUCUGCGGACCCAAACGGGGGCAGGCGGCUGGGGCUGGGGCUGGCCUCCGAGCAGGGCUGCAGCCCGCGUUUCCACCAACCCCCCGCCCGCUUUCCCUGCCCCGCGACCCCGGGGCUGCCCUGCUCUUCCUUUCCUGCUCCCUGAGGACAAGCUCAGCGGCGUGGGCGCUGCUCCCUGGGCUGAGAGCCUCCGGCUGUAAAGCCCAGCUUCUGGCGGAGUCGGGAAAGUGGAUCCUCAGUGCUGAGCGAGCUUCUGUCUCCUCCCUCAGUGUUUCUGCCCCAGAGCCUGGCGAAUGGGAAGUCCUCACUAAUUGUUGGGCUUGUGAAUGAUGAGAUUCUAUACAUCGUUAGUUGCUACUGUAGCCUUUCACAGAAGAGAAAGUAACCUCCGUGAAGCCAAGUGACACUCUAAUGGUCCGAAAGAGUGACAGCCAGUGCUGGAGUGAUCCAGUGGACUUGGUGCUUGCAACCAGGAUUCUCCAGCACCUACAGCUAAGGGGAUUACAGUAUUCUUUUUUUUUCUUAAUGGCGUUGCUUUUAUUUUUACUUAUUUUUUUAAUUUAUUUUUUAUUGAAGUGUAGUCAGUUUACAGUGUUAAUUUCAGGUGUAUAGCAGAGAUUCAGUUAUAAACAUAUGCAUAUGUAUAUACAUAUGUAUUAUAUUGUUUUUAGUAGAACUCAUUACAAGAAAUUGAAUAUAGUUCCCUGUGCUAUAUAGUAGGCCCUUGUCAUUUAUUUUAUAUUUAUUAACGUGUAUCUGUUAAUCUCCCCUUUCCUGCCUGCUAAGCACAGUUUGCUUUCUAUGUCCAUGAGUCCAUUUGUAGCAGCACCAUUUUUCCUAGUUAUAUAUGCUCUUUGGCUGCUUUCAGUUUCAGUAAUUCCAUGUUAUCUGUGAGCGCUUUUCUUCUGGUGGCCUUUAUGUGGUUUGCACACGUGGUAAUAGAGAUCUGUAUUUGGGAGAACUCCAGGCCUCGUGUAGUCCCUGGUACAGAGUGCCCACUGAGUUGAUGCUUGAACUGGGAAAAAAAACAUAGUAAAUGUUGGAAUUUCCACUAUGGUUGAGACUUCCAGGUUUCUGUAACCUGUUUACCCCACCUUAUUAUUGGCUGCCCCCAUACUGGGUAAUUUGGUGGAAUUUCAUGGUAUGGUGGUGUAGAGACAGGGCCUUGUAUGCUUCUUCUCUUUCCGUUUUCUAACACUCAAUCUCCUGGUCCUCCCAGAUCCUCCCCCAGUAGUGCCCAGGGCUGGCUUGGUGCUGUGCUGAGGCAAUAUUUGUUAAUAAGGCCCUUUCCUCAUCUUUUCUGACCCUCCAUUUCUUUCUCUGCACAAUGAGGGCUUAGACUAGAUAAGUGCUUUUCAGUUUCUUUUAAAGCCAUAUUUCCUUUGAGAAAAAGAAAAUGCAAAUCUCUCCUCCCAUCCCAACACUUUAGAUUUUGUUACUUCCUGCAAGGAGUCACAUAGUUCUUUGUGGAAAAUUGAUGUGAUUGUGAUUCCAGGUGGCACAGAAAAUACUCUUCAGAGAUUUAUUGCAGGGAGAGGGCAGAAAAGGGGCAGUAUGUCACUCUUUCUAGUGUGAGCACUGGAGCAGGGGCUUGGAUUUAAAUAUGAUGUCUGUCGUGGCCUCACUUUAAUCUUGCACAAUGUGACAAACCUCUCUACCUCAGUUUCUUGAUGUGUCAAGUUGGGGUGAUAAUAUUUUAAGGCUUUUGUGAAACAAUAUACACAUAAUCUAUUUGUGUCUCAGUAGAAACAAGACCUGCAAGGGAUUCAGGGAUUUAAAAAAAAAAAUUCUUGCCCAUAGCACUAUGUAGCUGUGUAUUUUAAAUUUCCUGGAGGGUGAUGGUUGAGUCUAAAGUCCAUCGUGGGUCAGGUAGCCCAUAGUUCUCUAUGUCCCAGUUUGCCCCCUCCUACCCAGUCCUCUUCCUCAGUCCAGGAUGAAGUUCCCUAGUAGAUUUACACAGAGGUCUUGUGGAAAAGGCUUUUCAUUUUAUUGUUUCACCAAGAAGGGCUGCCAUCAUGAUCUCUGUGGUCAGGUUUUGAAGGGCUGCAUCUUGAUGUCUAGUCAGGUGAAGGCUAUGCAAUUGGGAGUUUCUAUGUAAUAAAAAGGAAAAAAAUUACAAAUAGAAAAUUAGAACAAGGGUGGUGACAGGGACUCUUGGAAGUGAGCACCUUUAGCUUUGUUAGCUUCAGGUGCAGUGGCCUCUUGCCACGAGGACCCAUCCUCUUGCUCUGAAUUUGGAGGGACCUGUGGGUUCAGUGGGAAUGUUAACUGAGUGUAUCUCAUGUGCUGGGCAUUGUCCUAUUUUUUCUGUGUGUUCCUUUUUUGAGACAGUGAGCGCAUUUAACCUCAAUAGCUUCUUUAAAAAAGUAGAAAUUUUAUUUUGAGAUAUAAUGUAGAUUCCCAUGUAGUUGUAAGAGAUAAUAUGGAGAGGGCCUAUGGACCCUUUUCCCAGUUUUCCUUAAUGGUUCCAUCUUGCAAAGUUGGGGUACGAUUCAUUACUGACUCACUAACAAUUUGAGGUUUGUGUUAUUGCCAUCAUUUCUAUUCACGAUUAAACUGGGGCUUAGAGAAGCACACACACCUGCCCAGGUCACCCACAUGGUUAGUGUAGAGACGGGUGGAACGUGGGCUUGGGAUUUCCAAGCAGUACCAUUAUGAUGGUCUGUGGCAGGGAGCAGCAUUCAUUUUGCUUGUUUAUUCAUUCAUUCAACAAACAUUUAUUGAGUAACCUCUGUGGGUCAGAUGCUUUCAUAGGGUUAUCUGAUUCUUCAGCAGUACUGAGAAUCAGGUAAUAUUUACUUUUUUUUAAAUCUGAGAAAAUUAGCUCUGAGAGGUUAUUAGCACCCCAAAGGAAAUAUAGCUCAUAAAGGAGGGAUAGUAAAUUUGUAGUCACCCCUUUUUAUGCAGGUGGUACCCUAGGCAUUUUACAUUUGCAAACUUCCGUAAUCCAGAUAAAUUCUUGUAAGGCAAGGAUUUUUUUUUUUUAAUUUAAGUAUAGUCAAGAUUACAUUGUUGUGUCAAUUGCAAGGUGUUUUUUGAAUUUUGAAUUAAAAAGUAUUUUUUGAGGAGGGUAAUUAGGUUUAUUUAUUUGUUUCAUUUAUUAAAAUGAGGUACUGGGACCUCGUACAUGAUAAGCAUGUGCUCUACCACUGAACUGUACCCUCCUCCCCAAGGCAAGUUUUCUUAUCCAUUAUUCUGCAGCUUAGGGUUUCAAUUAAAUUGGAAUUGAAAUCCAGAUCUUUUGUUCCUACUGUUGUCCUUUUCUUUAUAUUCUGCUGAAGGGGGUUGCGGAAAACAGUUCCUUUUUUCAUUUCUUUAUUCCGCAUUUUUGAGCAGUGACUUUGCAUCAGGGCCUUGUUAGGUGCUUUGAAACAGAAAACAAGAAAUGACCCUUCUCUGCAUGGGCAGGAAGCCUAGACAAAAAGCUGGGUAAAGUGAUCCGAGCUACGGUAGCCAUGUGCAGGCUCUGAAGGUCAAACUGUACCCCUGGAUUUGCUUGGGCUUCCCCUGCCUUCUGGCUGGUACACACCAGGUCACCGCAACCCAGAGGCGCCCACAGCCCACAGCACAAUAUUUAUCUCGAUCUCCUCUCCCCUCUCGGCAGGGCCUGCAACAUGAGCAUCCCUGACUACGUGCAGUUUGCUGAGGACUAUGAGACUCUUCCCGUGGUGGUCAAACCAGUGGGGAUCAUCUCAGAGGAGAAUUUCUUUUGCAUCUAUAAGCGAACCUCCUUGGUGAGCCAGAUCAGCCCGUGCAGCUCCCAGGGCACACUCUCUACGCACUACAGGCACCACUAUGCGCCCAAGAAUGGAUGGAGCGUCUUCCAGACCCACCGCAUGGUUGUGGGCCUUGUCACCAUUACCGACUGCCUCUCGGCCAAGGCCUUCGAGAAGCUCCACGUGCAGAGGAGCUGUAUGGCAUCAUGCUUAAUGACUCUCAGCUCUUUGUCUUUGUGCUGCAUGGGGAGGUAAGCCAAGCAGCCGCGCACCGACGUGGCCUUCAAUCUAUGAGGACUGCAGAGUGGUGGAGGAGAGGAUCGAGGACUUCACUGAGUCACUCUUCAUCUUGCUCAAGUCCAAGUGGCUGGAUGGGGCCCCUGACAAGUCUGGGGACAAGAUCCCACUCCUCUGCAUGCCGUUUGAGAAGGAGGACUUCAUGGGACUGGACACAGACAGCAGGGCCCUGUGAUCUACAUGCCCGCACUCACCAUCUGCUCCUUGGAGAUGAGGUGUCAGGUUUAGGAGCCUGGGCACUGCUGAGGGCACAGCUGCCAGCACCGUGCUACACGGAGGCUGGCUCCGUUCACCUCACAUGUCACCUCCUGCUGAUCCACCAGGCGUCAGUCAAGCUGACGUCCACCACUGUCGGCCUUGUCGUUAGUUUGCGGUAGUGAGUCUCCAACACCCCAGUCAACUGUGAAGGAAGAUGCUUUGGCCGACGUAGGACCUUGGAUUCUCACCCCCACCAUGGUUCAUCUCACGCGGUGAAAGUGUUUGGCCACCACCAUCAUGCUGACCAUGAGGCCUUGUUUCUCCUUUCAUGCUCUGGUCCAAAUGUGGACACUUCAUUUUUCACUGAAUUUGUCUCGCUUCAGACAGGAGAGAAUAUCUGAAGGAGUCCAUCACAUUGUGGGUGGGGAACAGAUCAGAAGUAAAUGUCGCAAGUAGAAGGAGUCUAGUCUGUCCGGGUUGGCAAAUGCAGGCUGGGAUCGGUGAUGGCCGGGCUAUGCCCUGGACACAGGCCUUUCCCGUGUCUCCCGAGAGCCCAGGGGUCGGAGUGAGAACAGCCUGGCCUGGGUUCCUCCAUCCUCGUCUGCUUACUGACAACUGUUUCUGCUAAUUAGGAGUUCCCCCACACCUCGGGCCCUUCAAAAGACCACGGGAGAACAUUGAGUCCCUUCUCCUGGGCCUCCUUUGUGAGAAUACAGUGCCUUCUGAGGUGACCAGUGGCAGGAGAUGCCUCCCCCUCCAGGGAGCACCCUUUGGAGGACUGUGAGUCAGUGCACCAUGCUGUGAGCUUGUGGGGUUCCGGCCGUGGUCCCUGCAGAACCAGACUUGAGAUGGGCUUAGUGACGGAUAUAACAGGACUGAUUCCAGGGCAGGGCUUGGGGGAGGGAACAGUGGAAAUUGAAUGUGACCUAAAACACAUAGGUAGGUGCUGGGGCUGUUACUAAAAUGGGGUGUCAGGAAGGUACCUGCCAGGAAUCGAAUUCCAGAGUAAAUGGUGGACAUGAGGCAUUUUUAAGAUGCCAUUUGUCAUCCAAGUUAGGACUUCAAAGAGGCACUCGGGUCUAAGGCCCUGGGGCUCAGGUGAAGGAGCCAGACUAGAGAUACACGUUGGGAGUCGUCAUUCUUAGCUGGUGUUCACAGACGCGCAUGUGAAUUAGAUCAUCUUGAGAGCUGCAGACUGAGGCUGAUGGGGGGCAGGGCUGUGCCUGGGUUGGAGGAAAGCCCAGACCAUGCAGCUUUCGUGUGUCCGUCUGCGGCGUUUGCGAUUUUCAAACUAAUGCCAUUUAUCCUUAAGUGGCCGGGGGUUGGGCAGGGCCAGCCUGGAAGAAAUCUGAAAGGAGGUUCGUGGCCACGUGUGUGUCUUGGGAAGACGCAGAUUCUGCAGGGUCCGGGAGGGUAGAUUUCUAAGAAGCUGGAGUUGGAGUGGGGAGAAAGUAGUCACACUCACCUGUGAGGGAGGGAGGGCGUCCUUGGGAGUCGCCACCCUACUGGACUCGCUUUCCAAUGAACAGAAGGCAAUCAGACAGAGGAUCUGAGGUGAGAAGAGAUGGGCACUGGGAGGGGAGCAAACCUGGAGAAUGGUGGGUGCAAAGUUCUGGAAUAGUCUCCCUGAAAAUUUGAGUUAAAAAUACCCAGACUCUUAAGAACAUUGAUAGUGACUGGGGAGGAGGCAGUUGUUUUUCUGGCCUACUAAGAGUAAUGCAUGUAUUCAGGGAUACACAGAAGAUUCGGGCAGUCUUUUCCAGGGGUUUGAUCCUUACCAGGGGGAACACUGCAAGUUUAAAGGGGGAGAAGGGCAGCGGAGGGAAGCUAGUCAGUCCCCGUGUCAGGUACCAGACGGCAGCCCUACUUGAGUGUUGCAUUCUCAUCCAUGCCUCCCAGUUGGGCGAUGGCAGCUCCCUUUUGCGGAUUGGGAAGCCUUCUCAGAGGGGUUAAGGAAUUGGUCCGUUUAGCGGCUAGUCAAUGCUGUAGCAGGAUUCAAGCAGGGCCUUGUCAGACUUCAAGGGCAUGUUCUCUCUACUAAUUCCGGUACCUCUCUGUUGUACCUGGAUUGGUGAAUUGGGUCAGUUUUGGAGCCUUUCACAAAAAAUACGAUUUAAGUGUCUCAGGACAGUUUCACAAAGCUCAGUGUUCUUUGAUGGUUCAGAAACACCGCAGUGCUUUUCGCCACACAGAGGUAAGGUCUUACUCCUUGCCGAUGACGUGGUUGCAAAUGACGUACAGGUGCAAAACCAGACUUAGGAGCUUCUGAAGGGAAACUCUCCAGUUCUCCCUUGUUCGGCUUUCUUCCACGGGAUGUAACUGCUGCAGCAUAGGCCUGAGCUUUCCAUAUGGAGUGAGGGUUUGAUAACCAAAGUUAGCAUAAAACGGUCAGAUGAAGAAAAUCGACGUUGACAAUUUAUUUUUGGGUUACAUUAGUGAAGAUAUUCUAUCAGUUAAUGACCCAUAUAUCGAAUGAAAUUGAGUACAGAACAUUGCAAUUCUUACUUUCUAUUUAGAGUUCUCUUACAGAGUAAGGUUGCCUGCUUUGGAACAUCAGCUCCACCACCACGGCACCUAUCAGUGUGUUGGUGUGAUUGCAUUUAUGCAGUCAAUGUAAUCUGGGCUUCCUCAGCCCCAAACACUCCAGUGCAGAAUCACGGGCUGUAGCCAUCUCUUAGUCACGCAAAUACUUCUAAAAUUAUAUGAUGCCAGAAAAGAAAGAAGAGGGAGAGAGAGAUUGCCUUUAUCAAAGUUCCUUUCUAUUCUAACUGCAAACUGUUGUUGAACAGCUCUGGUUUCCUUUGGAUAUGAAUAUAUACAUUUCUUUGCAUGUAACCCGGGUUUUGGACUAGAACACCAAGCUCUUGCUGUCCACAAGCCACAAAAAUAGUAGCCAAAUUGCACAGGUGCAAAAUAGUUUAUACUUUUUUCUGAGAAAGAAUCCUUGAAUUUGGGACUUGGGCUGUGAUUUUUGCUUUUUGCUUCCCCCACCCCUCUUGAAAUCUCUCACUCCUUCCCACGUGGCCCCCAAGAGUUCGUGGUUUCAAAGGAGUGGGCAAACACCCAGUUGGUCACCAUGUACUGUUGCUAUAGAUGGAGCCAUGCCAAGACCUAAAGGACAUUAUCAGAGAGGACUUCCUGGAAGAAAUGGGCUCUACAUUCAAUCGUGAGGACAGAGAACCUCUGUACAGUUUUCCCCAAUGGCUCCACCAAACUGCAUUCCCACCACAGUGCAGGAGGGUUCCCAGUUCUCCGUAGCCUCUCCAGCAUUUACUGUCUGUGAACUUCUGAAUGAUGGCUAUUCGGAUUGGUGAGAGCAUUCCUAGGAGAGAAUUCAGCAGUGCAGCAUCCUCUCCGAGCUCUAUGAGUUGAUCGGCUUCCACCGCAAGUCCGCCUUCUGCAAGCGGGUGGCCCCCGUGCAGCGCGCGGCCCCCGGCAUCACGGAGCCUGGCGGGAAGGCCUGCUACCGACUCCUUCUGCAGACGCUUCCUGGCUACAGUCUGUCGCUGGAUCUGCAGGACUUCAGCAAAGGUGUUGGAACUAAAACAUUGCUUCAGUCCCAUUAACCAUGCCUGGUUUGGGCCCUGCUGUCCUGUCUCAUCAGGGUGAAUCCUGAUUCGUUUAGAAAAGGGCUCAGCAGACUUUUUCUGUCAAGGGCUUGGGAGUAAGUAUUUCAGUGUCUGCAAACCUCCUGAUCUCUGGUGCAGCUGCUCAGCUCUGCUGUUCAGACGCCAGAGCAGCCGGACAUUCCACACACACAGAGUUUUAUUAACAGCGUUGGCUGGGGCUGGAUUCGGUGUAUGAACUGCAGUUUGUCCCCACAGCUCCUCACUAUUGACGCCUGCACCAGAGCGUGCAUUUGCGACAAUGGGUGAACCUGCACUGACACGUCAUCAUCACCCAGAGCCCAGACUUGACACUAGGAUUUACACUUGGUGGUGUGCACUCUGUGGGUUUGGACAGAUGUGAAAUGACAUGUAUCCGCCGUCACAGCAUCAUACAGAGUAGUCUGUCUUAGUGACCUUAAAAUGCUCCGUGCUGCACCUCAUUCAUUGCUCCUUCCCCUCUAGCCUCUGACAGCCACUGAUCUUUUACUCUCUUUGGUGUUCCCUUUCCCAGAACACCAUACAGUUGGAAUCAGACAGUUGCGGAACCUUCCCAGAUUGGCUUCUUUCACUUAGUAAUAUGCAUUUAAGGUUCCUCCAUGUCUUUUCCAUGCCUUGAUAACUCAUUUCAUUUUAGCACUAAAUAAUAGUCCACUUUCUGGCUGGACCACAGUUUAUCCAUUCACCUACUGAAGAAGAGCUUAUUUGUUUCUGAGUUCUGGUGAUUAUGAAUAAAGCUGCUAUUAACAUCUGUA